AUGGACGAAUUGUUUUGCAAGCAGUCGGAACGAUGGCUGGCCGAUCCCUUCCACGCCUUCGUUUCAUCACAGCCCUCAUACCAGAUCGCUGCGUCAUCCUGGAUGCGGUGCUUUCAUGGCUGUAAGUCCGAGGCCAUCGUUUCUGUCUUUCCGAUGGGCGACGGGGAUUUGUCCCUCACCAGGGGCGCGGCUUCCAACGCCGAUCCGGAGGCGAAACGCUUCAUGGCUGGCCACCAAUCCCCCUGUCCGCGCACCGCUCUGCGCGCUUGUGGCACCAUUCGAAUCUGCGACGCGACAGUGACUCUAUCGUCGUUCGGCCAUCCCUCCAGCAUAGUCUCCCGAUGGCAGUCGCUCCCUGGUUCUGCCCAGCUGAACCGUUCUGUGCGUUCUGAGAGCUCUGCAUCGCUUUUCUGA